CGCGCGCACUUGGUAGGCGCCGCGCCGCGCCCGCGCCGCCGGAAGUGAGGUGUCUCGGCCCGACUUCCGGCCGGCAGGGGGUGGGCAGUGUUGUUAACCGGAGCCGCCUCCGCAGUCGCGGGGAUCGAGUGGGCUCGCGGCGCCGGGCUCCGGGUCCCCAGGCCGGGGCAAUGUUCCGCACCGCCGUGGUGAUGGCGGCCAGCAUGGCACUGACCGGGGCCGUGGUGGCGCACGCCUACUACCUCAAGCACCAGUUCUACCCCACUGUGGUGUACCUGACCAAGUCCAGCCCCAGCAUGGCCGUCCUGUACAUCCAGGCCUUCGUGCUGGUCUUCCUCCUGGGCAAGGUGAUGGGAAAGGUGUUCUUCGGGCAGCUGCGGGCGGCAGAGAUGGAGCACCUUCUGGAACGUUCCUGGUAUGCGGUCACCGAGACGUGUCUGGCCUUCACCGUCUUUCGGGACGACUUCAGCCCCCGCUUCGUGGCGCUCUUCACCCUCCUCCUCUUCCUCAAGUGUUUUCACUGGUUGGCGGAGGACCGUGUGGACUACAUGGAGCGCAGCCCCAACAUCUCCUGGCUCUUCCACUGCCGCAUCGUGUCCCUCAUGUGCCUGCUGGGCGUCCUGGACUUCUUCUUCGUCAGCCACGCCUACCACAGCAUCCUGACGCGGGGCGCCUCCGUGCAGCUGGUGUUUGGCUUUGAGUACGCCAUCCUGAUGACCAUGGUGCUUACCAUCUUCAUCAAGUAUGUGCUGCACAGCGUGGACCUGCAGAGCGACAACCCCUGGGACAACAAGGCCGUGUACAUGCUGUACACGGAGCUGUUCACAGGCUUCAUCAAGGUCUUGCUGUACAUGGCCUUCAUGACCAUCAUGAUCAAGGUGCACACGUUCCCGCUCUUCGCCAUCCGGCCCAUGUACCUGGCCAUGAGGCAGUUCAAGAAAGCUGUGACGGACGCCAUCAUGUCACGCCGGGCCAUUCGCAACAUGAACACGCUGUACCCCGACGCCACCCCCGAGGACCUGCAGGCCAUGGACAACGUCUGCAUCAUCUGCCGGGAGGAGAUGGUGACCGGCGCCAAGAGGCUGCCCUGCAACCACAUCUUCCACACCAGCUGCCUGCGCUCCUGGUUCCAGCGGCAGCAAACCUGUCCCACCUGCCGCAUGGACGUCCUGCGGGCCUCACUGCCCACCCAGUCGCCAGCACCCCCCGAACCUGCAGACCAGGGGCCGCCUCCUGCCGCCCACCCCCCGCCCCUUCUGCCCCAGCCCCCCAAUUUUCCCCACGGCCUCCUGCCCCCCUUCCCUCCGGGCAUGUUUCCGCUGUGGCCCCCCAUGGCUCCCUUCCCACCUGUCCCGCCUCCCCCGAGCUCUGGAGAGGCCGCGGCCCCGUCCACCAGUGCAGGAACAGUCUCUCGGCCCGCAGGCGUGGCUGCGUCACCCCCGGUCCCCGGCUCUGCACCCGGCGCCGAGGCGGCCGCUGCUGCCGCCGGCUUCCCGUUCCCGCCUCCCUGGAUGGGCAUGCCCCUGCCGCCGCCCUUCGCCUUCCCCCCGAUGCCCGUGCCCCCCGCCGGCUUCGCCGGGCUGACCCCCGAGGAGCUGCGCGCGCUGGAAGGCCACGAGCGGCAGCACCUGGAGGCGCGGCUGCAGAGUCUGCGCAACAUCCACACGCUGCUGGACGCCGCCAUGCUGCAGAUCAACCAGUACCUCACCGUGCUCGCCUCCCUGGGGCCGCCCCGGCCCGCCAGCUCUGUGUCCCCUGCUGAAGAGCCUGCCCCCACCGCUGUCACCCCGGCGGCCUCCACCAGCACCCCCAGCUCCGAGGCGGCCCCCUCAGCCCCAGGAGCCUCCUCCCCAGCCCCAGAACCCGAAAAGCCUCCAGCCCCAGAGUCGGUGGGCGCUGCCGGCGCCGAGGAGCAGCUGGAGGACGGAGAGCCGGACGCCGCCGAGCUCCGCCGCCGCCGCCUGCAGAAGCUCGAGUCCCCGGUGACACACUGACAGCACCCCGCCCUGGCCCUGCCCCCUCUCUGGAACGCGUCCUGCCACCAAGUGCCAACUCCCUCCGUGCCAGGGAGUCAGCCCGCGAGACCCAAGGGCCAGUGGGAAGAGGCCUGAGGGCCUGACAGUCCUGGGGUCUGGGGUCCCCCGCCUCCCUCUCCAGCGCUGUGGGGACCCUGAAGGCAGAAGGCGUGACCUCUGAGAGGUCCUGUCCCCCCACCGGGUGAGGAUGGCCCUCUCCGCACCCCCACUCGUGUGCGCAGUUGCUGUGCAGUGCUGGACAGUAUUAGUGCCGUUCCCGGGGGGACUCGGGGUGGACGCAGGCCAGGAGCACAUGCCCUGGCCACUCACCAAGACGGGUACGCAACGUCCUCCCCCGCCCCGCGGGACCCCUCUGCGGCCCGCCUGUGUCUUACCGCACAUCUCGGGGUGGAGAGCCUGGGGGGGGCCCUGCCCUGCUGCUCCCCGGCAGCCACUGCCCAGCCCCUGCAGGCUGCGGGCGUGUCUGCACUUGAACCACUGUGGGCCCCAAACCUCCAGACGCUGCUUCUUGGCUCCCAGAGUCUCCUGGAGUUCAGAAGAAUUGGAAUUACUUCCCCGCUGUUGUCUUUUUGGCUUAAAUUUUGUCUUUGACUUUGAAUGCUUGAACCCAGGAAAGAGGUGCAGAGGGGCGGGGCAGGGACCCCUGGAGCCGAGGCUCGCCCGCCAGUGUCAUCACCUCUUUCCACCCCCACCAACACCCCAGUUUUGUGUUACAAGAGUUGCUGGAGACAGUUUCAGAUGAUUAUUUAAUUUGUAAAUAUUGUACAAAUUUUACUAGCUUGAAUUGUAUAUACAGCUGAAUAAAAACUUGCAUUACA